AGCGACGGCGGCGGCCGCGGCGGCUGAGUCGGUGGCGGUGGCGGCGGCGGCGGCUGAGGGCUGAGGGCUGAGCGGCGAGUUUCCGAUUUAAAGCUGAGCUGCGAGGAAAAUGGCGGCGGGCGGAUCAAAAUACUUGCUGAACAGUGGAGUCAGAGACCAAUAAAAAUAGACCACUUGAACGUCAUUUGACUGGUUAGCCAGUUGCUGAUGUAUUUUCAAGAUGAGUGGGUUAGGAGAAAACUCCUUGGAUCCACUAGCCCCUGAUUCACGAAAACGCAAAUUGCCAUGUGAUAAUCCAGGACAGGGUCUUACCUGCAGUGGUGAAAAAUGGAGACGGGAGCAGGAGAGUAAAUAUAUUGAAGAAUUGGCUGAACUGAUAUCUGCUAAUUUUAGUGAUAUUGACAAUUUCAAUGUCAAACCAGAUAAAUGUGCAAUUUUAAAGGAAACAGUAAGACAGAUACGUCAAAUAAAAGAACAAGGAAAAACUAUUUCAAAUGAUGAUGAUGUUCAGAAAGCUGAUGUGUCUUCUACAGGACAGGGAGUUAUUGAUAAAGACUCCUUAGGACCACUUUUACUUCAGGCACUGGAUGGUUUUCUGUUUGUGGUGAAUCGCGAUGGAAAUAUUGUAUUUGUGUCAGAAAAUGUCACACAAUACCUGCAGUAUAAGCAAGAGGAUCUGGUUAACACAAGUGUCUACAAUAUCUUGCAUGAGGAGGACAGAAAGGAUUUUCUUAAAAACUUACCGAAAUCUACAGUUAAUGGAGUUGCCUGGACAAAUGAGACCCAGAGACAAAAAAGCCAUACAUUUAAUUGCCGCAUGCUGAUGAAAACACCACAUGAUAUUUUGGAAGACAUAAACACUAGUCCUGAAAUGCGCCAGAGAUACGAAACAAUGCAGUGCUUUGCCCUGUCCCAGCCACGCGCUAUGAUGGAGGAGGGGGAAGAUUUGCAAUCCUGUAUGAUAUGUGUGGCGCGCCGCAUCACUACAGGAGAAAGAGCCUUUCCAUCCAACCCUGAGAGCUUUAUUACCAGACAUGACCUUUCAGGAAAAGUUGUCACUAUAGAUACAAAUUCACUGAGAUCCUCGAUGAGACCUGGCUUUGAAGAUAUAAUUCGAAGGUGUAUCCAGAGAUUUUUCAGUCUUAAUGAUGGGCAGUCUUGGUCCCAGAAACGUCACUAUCAAGAAGCCUAUAUCCACGGUCAUGCAGAAACCCCAGUAUAUCGAUUCUCUCUGGCUGAUGGCACUAUUGUGACCGCGCAAACAAAAAGCAAAAUCUUUCGAAAUCCUGUAACAAAUGAUCGUCAUGGCUUUGUCUCUACUCAUUUUCUUCAGCGGGAACAGAAUGGAUACAGACCAAACCCAAAUCCUGUUGGACAAGGCAUUAGGCCUCCAGCACCUGGGUGCAACAGUUCUGUAGGUGGAGUGAGCAUGUCGCCAAGCCAAGGGUUACAGAUGCUCAACAACAGGACUUACAGUCUGACUGACUCCAAUACCCCAGGGCAGAUGAGUGGGGCCAGGUACGGGGCUGCCGGCAGCAUGCCUGCAGUGAACCCCGGGCCCGGCAUGCAGUCACCGUCUUCCUACCAGAGCAACAGCUAUGGUCUCAACAUGAGCAGCCCUCCCCAUGGGAGUCCUGGUCUUGGCUCGACCCAGCAGAAUAUCAUGAUUUCUCCUCGUAAUCGUGGGAGUCCAAAGAUGGCCUCACAUCAGUUCUCUCCUGUUGCAGGUGUGCACUCUCCCAUGGGAUCUUCUGGCAACACUGGAAGCCAUAGCUUUUCUAGUAGCUCUCUUAGUGCUCUUCAAGCUAUUAGUGAGGGGGUGGGGACUUCUCUUUUAUCUACUCUGUCUUCACCCAGCCCCAAAUUGGACAACUCUCCCAACAUGAAUAUGACCCAACCAAGUAAAGUCAGUAGUCAGGAUUCCAAGAGUCCCCUAGGCUUGUUCUGUGACCAAAAUCCAGUGGAGAGUUCAAUGUGUCAGUCAAAUAGCAGGGAACACCUCAGUGACAAAGAAAGUAAGGAGGGCAAUGCUGAAGGCUCAGAGAUUCAGCGGGGCCCUCUGGAAAGCAAAGGUCAUAAAAAAUUACUGCAGCUACUUACUUGUUCUUCUGAUGACCGAGGUCAUUCCUCCUUGACUGACUCCCCCUUGGAUUCAACUUGUAAAGACUCUUCCAUCAGUGUCACCAGCCCCUCAGGGGUCUCUUCUUCAACCUCCGGAGGAGUCUCUUCUACACCCAAUAUGCAUGGGUCAUUGCUGCAAGAGAAGCACCGGAUUUUGCACAAGUUACUGCAGAAUGGGAAUUCUCCAGCUGAAGUAGCAAAGAUCACUGCAGAAGCCACUGGGAAAGACACCAGUAGUGUGACAUCUUGUGGGGAUGGGAAUGUCAAGCAGGAGCAACUGAGUCCUAAGAAAAAGGAGAACAAUGCGCUGCUUAGAUACCUGCUGGACAGGGAUGAUCCUAGUGAUGCCCUCUCUAAAGAACUCCAGCCCAAAGUGGAGGGCCUGGACAGUAAGCUGGGUCAGUGCAGCAGCUCUACCAUUCUCAGCUCCAAUCAAGAGAAAGACUCUAAAGUCAAGACAGAAGCAAAUGAAGAGGGAACUGGAGACUUGGAUAAUCUAGAUGCUAUUCUUGGUGAUCUGACUAGUUCUGACUUUUACAAUAAUUCCAUAUCCACAAAUGGUAGUAAUCUGGGAACCAAGCAACAAAUGUUUCAUGGAACAAAUUCCCUGGCAGGUCUGAGGAGCCCACAGUCUGUGCAGCCCAUUCGUCCUCCCUAUAACCGGGCGGCAUCUCUAGAUAGCCCUGUUUCUGUUGGCUCGAGUCCUCCAAUAAAGAGUAUCAGUGCUUUCCCUAUGUUACCCAAGCAACCCGUGUUGGGUGGGAAUGCAAGAAUGAUGGAUAGUCAGGAAAAUUACAGCUCAAAUAUGGGUGGACCAAACAGAAAUGUGACUGUGAGUCAGACUCCUUCCUCAGGAGACUGGGGCUUACCAAACUCAAAGGCUGGGAGAUUGGAUCCUAUGAGUUCAAAUUCCAUGGGAAGGCCAGGAGCAGAAUAUAAUGCUGCUUUAUCCAGACCGACCAUGGGUGGCUCAGUGCCUACCAUGCCUCUUCGGUCCAGUAGCAUCCCAGGUGCAAGACCAAUGUUGCAGCAGCAGCAACAGCAACAACAACAACAGCAGCAGCAACAGCAGCAGCAGCAGCAGCAGCAGCAGCAGCAGCAGAUGCUUCAAAUGCGGCCUGGUGAGAUUCCCAUGGGGAUGGGGGUUAGUCCUUAUGGCCAAGCAGCACCAUCUAACCAAACUGGUUCUUGGCCAGAUGGCAUGAUGUCCAUGGAACAAGGCCCUCAUGGGACUCAAAACAGACCUCUUCUUAGGAAUACCCUGGAUGAUCUCCUUGGGCAACCUUCUAAUCUAGAAGGUCAGAGUGAUGAAAGGGCAUUGCUGGACCAGCUGCACACACUCUUGAGCAACACAGAUGCCACAGGCCUUGAAGAAAUUGAUAGAGCUCUGGGCAUCCCUGAACUUGUAAAUCAGGGGCAAGCUUUGGAGACCAAACAGGAUGCUUUCCCAGGCCAAGAAGCAGCAGUAAUGAUGGAUCAAAAGGCAGCAUUAUAUGGACAGCCAUAUCCAGCUCAGGGGCCUCCAAUGCAGGGAGGCUUCAACCUUCAGGGACAAGCACCGCCAUUCAACUCUAUGAUGAAUCAGAUGAACCAGCAAGGCAGUUUUCCUCUCCAGGGAAUGCACCCUAGGGCCAACAUCAUGAGACCCCGGACCAACACCCCAAAGCAACUCAGAAUGCAGCUGCAGCAGAGGCUGCAGGGCCAGCAGUUUUUGAAUCAGAGCCGUCAGGCACUUGAAAUGAAAAUGGAGAACCCCACUUCUGGUGGGGCUGCUGUGAUGAGGCCCAUGAUGCAGCCCCCAGUCAACUCCCAGCAGGGUUUUCUUAAUGCCCAGAUGGUUGCGCAGCGCAGCAGAGAGCUGCUCAGUCACCACUUUCGACAGCAGAGAGUGGCCAUGAUGAUGCAGCAGCAGCAGCAGCAGCAACAGCAGCAGCAGCAGCAGCAGCAGCAGCAGCAGCAGCAGCAGCAGCAGCAGCAGCAAACCCAGGCCUUUAGCCCACCUCCCAACGUGACUGCAUCCCCCAGCAUGGAUGGGGUUUUGGCGGGACCUGCCAUUCCACAAGCGCCACCCCAGCAGUUUCCAUACCCACCAAAUUAUGGGAUGGGGCAACCACCAGAUCCAGCCUUUGGUCGGGUGUCCAGCCCACCCACUGCAGUGAUGUCAGCAAGAAUGGGCCCCUCCCAGAAUCCCAUGAUGCAGCACCCUCAGACCGCACCCAUGUAUCAGUCUUCAGAAAUGAAGGGCUGGCCGUCAGGAAACCUGGCCAGGAACAGCUCCUUUUCCCAGCAGCAGUUUACCCACUCGGGGAAUCCUGCUGCAUAUAGCAUGGUGCACAUGAAUGGCACUGGUGGCCCCAUGGGGCAGAUGACCAUGAACUCCAUGCCCAUGUCUGGCAUGCCCAUGGGUCCUGACCAGAAAUACUGCUGACAUAUCUACACCAGAAACUUCAAGGAAAUCAUUGCAUAAAUGAGAAUGCACGAGGAGUACCAGGAAGUCACGUUCCAGAUGUGUGGGCUUUGAGGGAAGGACCGCUUUGCUCUCCCGUGGGAGUAUUCCAAGUGAUGUCACUUGAGCAGGACUGGAUUUUAAGCUGAAGUGAAUUAUCUACCUGUUUUCUCCACUCUCCCCCUUUGUAUGUGUACCAUGGUGUUCAAAACAAAUAAUUUCGGCUGUCUGCCUCUUAGAGGUGUGAUUCUGGAGGUGACGGAGUGUUACUGAUCACAAAGCUGUCUCUCUCUUCCUGGCUGUCCAGUCUUUCAUAGCAGUGCAGGUGGGUCAGAGAACACGUGGAGCGGGCGUGGGGGCCAAGGGAGAGUAGAUGCUUUGGGCAGAGAGCACGGGCCCUCAUGUGCUCAGUCGCCGCCAAGUGCUGUGUUGACCCGUCCUGUGGGAUCGAUGUUUCCGAGCUCCGGUCCGCCAGUGAUCGUGUGGAGCGGCUGGCACUGUCACUGGUUGUCACAGGUGCGCUCCUCGCUAGUGUUUUCAUGUGCCCCAAGUGUAACUGUUAACACUUCACCUCCAGGAAUUGCCCUUGAUGUCAAAUGGCUUUGCAGAAAGGAAAAUGCGAUGACAGUAUUUAAUUGCAGCGGUAGCAAUUUUCCACAUGCUAAUGUGCAGCCGAGUGCACUUUAUUUACUAAGUAAUGGACAAAUGCAAUAUUACUGAGGUCUUGAGGAAUGCUGAACCACAUUCCUGGUUUUUGUCUGAAUUAAUCCGUUGGACAAGAACCGUGACUGCUUGUUGUUGAAAGAACCGGUGUCACCCUUUGUCCGCAUGGUGGAGCAGUGAUGCCCUUGGAGAGUAAACCGCAGAACACCAAGGCCAGGUACUGCGUUCUGAAUCAGAAUCUCAAAGUGUUUCUGUGAAUAGAUUUUCUUUUGUAAAUAUGACCUUUAAGAUAUUAUGUAAAAUAUGUAUAUACUUUUUUUUUUUUGGGUAGGUCACAACAGCUCGUUUUUAGAGUUUGUGAAGUUAAGUAUUUAACAUUGUUGAUUUCAGUGAGCUCAGUGUGGCGAGGCUACAAACGGCAGAUGGCACCUGAAUUUUGUGGCCUGCGGAGGGGCAUUGGCCCCCGGCUCCUCCUCCUCCCCCACCUACUUAGAUGCCUCACUCUUCAGUCUCUUGUCUCAAAGCUUUUUGAAGAAAUUGUUUGUUUAGAUGUAGGCGUUUUAAUUUUUUAAAAAAAUUUCCUCUGCCAGAACUAAGCACUUUGUUAAUUUUGGGGGGAAGAAUAGAUACAGGGGAAAAACUUAAAAAAUGGCUAUCAAGAAUUUGAAAAUCAAGCAAUUUGAUUUAAAAAAGGAACCUUGGGAGUUUAAGCAGUCCAUAAAUUCAAGAGUAGCAACUCAUGGUAUUACAAAGAAAUCGAAUAUGCUGUCUCUCCAGCCAUUUAGGAGUGCUCGAAGGUUUUGGUUGCUAGACCAGAAUCCCACAUUGAGAUCUCAGGAGCAGCAGCCUUGAUGUGUGGUUUUCAUGUCAGCUUAAGUCUUGUCAUUCCACUCACGUGAUCCUUUCUCUGUCCCUGAGCAUUCAGAUAGGGUCGUGGUUAUUUCGCAGGGCCCCGGUCCCCGCCCCCC